AUGGAUUUCUAUGAUCAUGGAUACGAAGAGAACAAACUUGGGAUGACCGUAACGAGUGGUUGUGUGAAGCUUAAAAAAGACCCACAGAAUCUAGUGGCUUCAGAAGAUGGUAGUCUUCAAGCUGGGGACGAAAUAACUGGUGUCAAUGGUAUAUCUGUAAAAGGCAAGACGAAAGUGGAAGCUGCGCGACUCAUUCAAAGUUUCAAGGAUGAAGUAAGAAUUAACUAUAACAAACUUCAUGCAGACCCAAAACAAGGAAAAACGCUAGACUUAAUAUUAAAAAAGGUGAAACAUCGUAUUGUUGAAACGAUGGAAUCUAGUACAGCCGAUGCUUUAGGUCUAAGCCGAGCUAUUCUUGUAAAUGACGGUAUGGUUAAAAAGUUGGAAGAACUCAAUAAAACAUCAAAUGUGUUUUCGGGUAUGGUAAAUCAUGCAAAAAAGUUGUUACGUGCAAUCUAUGAACUUUCUCGUAUCUAUGCUGUAUUGGGAGACACAUUUUCAGAAAUUGGCGUUAAAGAGCCCAUGACAUGCACAAGCGAAGCAUUUACUCAAUUUGGUACGAUUCAUCGAAGUAUGGAGCGUUUUUCGAUUGAAAUGUUGAAAAAGAUUAAGCCAAUGAUCAUGGAUUUAAACACAUUUCUACAUAAAGCGGUUCCUGAUACAAAGUUAACAAUCAAAAAAUAUUUAGAUGUCAAAUUUGAAUAUUUGUCUUAUUGUCUUAAAGUAAAGGAAAUGGACGAUGAAGAGUAUGGUUUUGCUAUGGUUCAAGAACCACUAUAUCGUGUAGAAACUGGAAAUUAUGAAUAUAGACUUGUUUUAAGAUGUCGACAGGAUGCACGUACACGGUUUGCUAAGAUGCGCAAUGAUGUUUUAGUAAAACUAGAAUUAUUGGAUAAUAAACAUGUACAAGAUAUCGUGUUUGAGUUACAACGUUUCAUCGAUGCUAUGGCCACCUACCAUGAUCAAUGUUAUGGUGUCAUGAAGCAAAUUAAAAUUUUUCCACUUGAAGUGGAUCUGGCAAGAGAUGCAUUUGCGUACAACCUAGGGAUUUUUAAUACAGGCGAAGAUGAAGGCGGUGAAGAUAUUGAUGAGGAUGUAAUCAACACUGAGUCAGUUGAAGAAAAAUCUGUCAGUAGCAAGUAUAACCAGUUAACUGACGAUGUCAAAUUAAUAGACCUGGCAGGAAUAAAUUCCAAAAGCCGAUAUUCUGAAAAUGAGGGUGUGAUGAGGUGUUAG